AUGGCGGUCUCGGUCAGCAUGAUCCUCGUAGUCAUCGGCCUGGCUGGGUAUCUGGUUCUGUCGAUCACGUACCGACUAGUAUGGCAUCCUCUGGCUAGGUUCCCAGGCCCGAAGCUGGCUGCAGCUACCAAAUGGUACGAAUUCUACUACGAAGUCCUUCAUGGCCAUGGCGGCCAGUUUUGGAAAGUAGUCGAUCGAAUGCACGAUCGGUAUGGGCCGAUAGUGCGGAUCACGCCCGAAGAACUUCACAUUCGAGAUUCAAGCCAAUAUGACACGGUCUAUACCGGCAAGCGCGACAAGUCUCGCAGUGUGGCACGGUUGGGUGGGCAAAAAGUCAGCACAUUCGCAACAGAGGAAUCCGACCUUCAUCGUAAGCGUCGUGCCCCGAACAUGCUACUGUUCGGGAAGAGGACGGUCGAUCAGGCUACACCAAUGAUCCGAAGUAAGAUUGAGAAGCUCUUGACAGAAUUGCAACGCGCCAGGCGCACCGGCGAGGUAGUCGACGUCAACCUUGUAUUUCUAGCACUUACAACCGACAUCGCUGGGUGCCACGUACUACAUGAAGAACUUGGCAUGCAGAAUGAUCUUACAGGCAAGGCUCUGCGGUGGAAGAAGGGUGUGCACCAGAUAAGCACGAAUGUACCGCUGGUGAAGCAGUACACGUGGCUGGCUGAUGCCAUUGACUUGAUACCGAGCUGUUUAUGGCGGUCUAUGGCGCCUGACAUAGCAUGUCUGAUCGAUCUCAAAAUGACAGUCCUCAAGAAGGCCAAGGCUUUCUUACAUCAACAGCGAAUGAUAUCGGAGGAUGGAUCGAGCAUCGAGCCGACGAACGAGAAGGAUAACACUCCCAAGGCUCUCUUUGAGUAUAUCUGGACUCAUCCUUCAACGGCCAACGAGCGAGAUCUGGCACGACUUUACGACGAGGGCCAAAAUGUUAUGAUAGCUGGAUCCGAGACGAGCGCAAGAAUCCUAACUCGAGUGAUCUAUGAAUUACUCACUAACACAGACGAGCUGAGCAGACUUCAUACGGAGCUGGCAGAGGCCGAGGAGCAAUACCGUCGCUGUGCGCAGGAUCUCACCUGGUUGGAGCUUGAGCGUCUACCAUGGUUGACAGGCAUUGUCAAGGAGUCGCUACGCAUUGCCAAUAUUGCCACGUCGCGCUUGCCUGUGAAACCACACGAAAGUCUACGUUACCUAGGAUGGACUAUACCCGCUAUGGUGAGCUUAAAUUUUGAAUCUUCCCUGAAUGCUGCUGACCGGUCGAAGACACAAGUUAGUCUCUCCCCGUACGAUGUCAUGCGUGACGAGAACAUCUUCCCCGAACCAGAUGUCUUCAAGCCGGAGAGAUGGGUGACCAAAGAGCACAACGGGACUUGGUCCACCCACAAUCGACUUGACAAAUACCUGGUCGCUUUUGGUAAGGGCGCUAGGAUGUGUCAAGGUAUCAACUUGGCAUAUGCUGAACUCUACAUGACUAUCGCCAGCGUGUUCUCACGCUUCAACCUUGAGCUAUUCGAUGUUGUGAAGGAGCGAGACAUCACGACCGUGGCAGACUAUUUCCUUGCUGAGGCACGAGCAGAAUCGAAGGGCGUUCGGAUGAAGGUGUUGAGCGAGAUAUCAUGA